AUGAUUGCAGUGUUUGCACGUGGUCCGUCCGUGCCUGCAAGUCAGGGCGUGCUUGCAAGUCCUGGAGAGCUCGUUGAAAAUCGCGUUCCACUCCGUGGUGACACUGUAGUCACUUUCCCCAUCAGGCAUGGGCAUGCCAUCCGGGAACAUGAUGGUGCCGCGCUUCGAGGGGAGUUCGAACUCGGUCCAUCCCGUCUGAUCCGCAUCGUCCUCGUGCCGAAGCUUGAGGCCGAAUUUGCGCUGCAGACCUCGCUCGGCAACGAGACUGCAGAACCCAGCCAGGAACGACUCAUAACCACUCAUGUCAGGCACCUCAAAGUUGCCAUACUCGUAGGCCUGGAGCGAUCCGUUGGCAUCGACGAAGUAGUGGAUGCCCCGGAGCUUGUUGCUGUCACGGUUUGGCGGAACAACAGGCUUCAUGAUCUGGACGGCCCCAUGUCCCGGGACCGGAAUCUUGUCAAAGACCAUGACUUCGCCCUCGGUGGUGUCAAAGUGCUUGUGGAUCAGUCGGACGCUGACGCCCUUGGGGACAUUGUGCUUGCUCAGCAACUCGCGGAGGUCCUCGAGAUCUUUGAAUUCUCCGUGGGAGCCCCGGCGACCUCGCUGAUCAGAGGCAAGGUACAAACCCUUAGCACCACUGACCACUCUUUGAAGGCAGAUGCUUCCACCUCGAUAAAAUAUGUACAUCUAGGUACCUUCGUGUACGGUACGUAUGCCAUGUCUUCAAUCUCGGUGAUCUCACUGGCGUUGUAUGGUCUUUUUGAUUUCCGACAACGAGAUACCAAGGCAGCUUCUGAGGUCGCCAUUCAACUUGACCUAUACCAAGAACUGUCCUCAGACUCAGCCCUCAACUCCAAGCUCUCCCCAGCGUCACCACCACCCGUACUACAGAGAAGAAAUCUCAUAAUUAUCAAACCAGUAACGCCCCAUCUGCUAGCUCCAGUGGCCUUCAACAUGGACGACCGAAACAUCCUUGACAAUAUGGACGGCCGGAUGCACGGCCCCAUGAGCGGCUUCAUCAAGAGAUACUUUGGCAAUUUUGAAUUUGCCCAGCAAGGUUCUUCGUUGGAAAUCAAGGCAGCUGGAAAAGUUAGUGGCCGCUGUACCAUUCCAUCAGCUGCGCCAUCACCCGACAAAUUCUUACAUUGGUUCUCCAACUACGUGUCACGGGAGCUCGACGGCGCUCGAGGCUCGUGGCAUAUAUCCAGCGGCGAUGGACCACCUGUGCCCGAUCAAGGGUGUGAUGAUGACGGUGCACGUCUCCUGUUGACCAUGUCCCCUACACCAGCCUCCAACGUUCAAAUAGAAUGGGGCCAUGUUCAGGUUAUCGGCCAGUUUCACCGCCGCGGUUCUGUUUCUUACCAGCAUGGGUUAUUGCGUCUCUGUCGGUCCGCAUACCAAGUCUUCGCCAGUCAACCUACGCGGCUCUUCCUACAUGGCUUCUACAUUCGCGGUUCACUUAUCGAGCUCUGGGUCUUUGAUCGAUCUGGCUUAUACUGCAGCGACCUCUUCGACAUCCAGAAAGACUUCAUCCAGUUUCUCUCUGUUGUUCUCAGCUACCAGAGGACGACGGACCAGGAUUUGGGGAGAAGCAACCUCAUUGAGACGGACGAGGGCGGCAGCUACGUUACUAUUAACAAUGGGACAGAUCAUUCUUUGGGAAAGCUCUACCUCGAAAGCCGACCCAUUGCGUCUUCUGAAGACCUUGUUGGCACCGGGACAACUUGCUACCGGGUUAGAAUGCCAGACUCGGAUCGAUGGGAUUACGUCUUGAAGUUCAAAUGGCGUUGGGCCAGGGAGCGUCCGGAGGAUGAGCUUCUAGAGCUGGCCAAGGAGAAACGCGUUUGGGGUGCCGUUUCGCUUGACCAUUACGAGGAGCUUGAAAGUACGGCGCAUCUGCGCAGAGGUCUCCGGUGGGGGCCACACCGAAAAUUCACCAGGACGCACUCUCGCAAGAAAGACGGGUAUAUCGAAGGCGGCCCGGAACGACAGGAAGUUACUUGCAAUGCUGAGGGACUCGCCGAAUAUACAGAAGAAACCGGCAGCUUCCUCCAAAACCGCAUCCUUGCCUGCAUGGUUACUUCUCCCGUCGGCAGACCUCUUCACACAUUCCAGUCUCUCUCAGAGUUACUUCAGGUGCUUCGUGAUGCUAUCAAGUGUCACCGGUCACUCUAUCACGACGCAGGGGUUCUUCACCAAGACGUAUCCCCAGGGAACAUCAUCAUUGUGGAUGGCCAACAAGAUGAAGGAGGAGAAAAGCCUCGAGGGAUCAUGAUAGAUUUCGACUCCGCAAUAGAGCUCGCCGCCGAAGGAGCAAACUCGGAGACAGACACAAACUUUAACAUUAUCGGCACCAGACCAUUCAUGGCUAUUGGUGUUCUGAAGGGCGAACGUCAUACGUAUCGUCAUGAUCUGGAGUCUUUUCUUUACGUUUUCCUCUGGACAGUCAUAUCGAACCACAAACAUGAUCCCCCCCAAGGGACGAGCAGCAAACUUCGGCAAUGGUCUAGGGGCAACUGGGAUGAAUUGGCGGUGCGCAAGUCGCUUGACAUGGAUCGGGACGGCUUCCAAGCUAUCCUGGGUGAAUUUCCUCCCGAAUUCCAUCCCCUCAAGCCUCUCGCCGAGUCUCUACGCCAGAUUAUGUUUCCCCUACGGGAUGGGGUACUCUGGACAGGGACCGACGGCUCGCCUGAAGGGGUACGGAAGCUCUACGAUGGAAUAAUCGGCGCGUUUGAAGAGGCCAUUACUUCGAUUUCUGGGGGCGUACGAUAGAUGUAUUGGAAUGAGCAGGGCUUUUUUCGGUGUCUCCUCCGAGUGUUGCUGUGGACAUGGACAGGGAGCAUGAGAGUGAGUGACGAUACCCGUAGGAUAGAGAGCAGGAGGUAGAACAGGAGAGAUAAUACCGAAACAAUGUUCCAUG